AUGGCGCACCCUCUCAUCUGGCCAGGAAAAGUUUUCUAUUACCCCAUCGGCAACACGUCGCCUGUCUCGUUCACGCAGGAUAUCCCAGAAGAUGUCAGCGCUCGAAUCCUCCUCCUUGGAUGCGGCGAUCCAAGAAGUAUCUUGUACACGUCAUACAUUCAAAGUCGGUCAGACAGACCCUUGGAUUUUACGUGUUGUGAUCAUGAGCCUGCUGUGAUAGCACGAAACAUAAUCCUGCUCACGAUGCUUACCGAAGAUGGUUUGGAAGAUAAGCUGAAGAACAUAUGGAACAUAUUCUUCGACUUCUACAUUGAUGAUCAGUCGUUUUCACUCCUUCAGGAGCACUGCGAAAAACUUCUAGCUGCCUCGACAACGAUUGACGUCUGGAAGGCCUCUGCAUAUAGCCGUCCCAUACGGUUCUGCACUGCUGAUACGCUUCUCCAGGUACGCCAACAUUGGCACCUAUAUGUUAAAAGUGCAUCUUUUUCCGAGGGAGAGAAGAAAGCAUUCAAAGAUCGUUUCACUUCAAGCAUGAAGAAAGCUUCGAUGGUAGAGGAACAGUCGAUGAAUCUAAGCGUCACUCGCUCUGCCGGUCCUCUAGCGUUCGAGGCAGCUAAAACGCUAAGUUCUGACUUCGAUCGCUUCUGGAAGACCGGGCUCACGGAUCCUACCUCCCUUACCACCCCCAAUGUUAACCCAACAUUCGCGUAUUCCAUGGGACGGGAUAACUUCUCCGUUCAUUACGGAACGUAUCCCCUCGCUUGCUUUCACUUGGCGGAACCGUUCUGUUCCAACGGUGGUGUUUCGCUUCUAGAGGCCACCAUUUCGUCCGCUCGAAAACAGUUUCACGAUUGGUGUAUAUCCAUCUCAGGCGUUAUGCGCUCUGAAGCGGAGCCAAGCGAUCGGUGUCCCUUUGUAGUCAGGUUCUUCUGCGGCGACGCACUCGCUUUCUGUAAAGCUUUGCAUCACUGCCAGGAAACUGGGUCGACUCGUACCCCUCACCUCAUGGCCUCCUGGAGAACAACUCACAUCCACCUCGACGACAGCUAUCACUCAUCUUCUGUAGCACUCGCACCGACUUCUUUCAACGUCGUUGACACGUCCAAUCUCGUGGAUCACCUGGGACUGAUAAAUGUACUCAUCGUCGCUGAACCUCUGCUGGAUAAAACCCCCUUCUCAGCGCUCUAUACUGAGACGCUGCUGGCAUCAGGCGCAGACCCUAUCGCCGGUAUUCUAGCGAUCAUCUUCGGAGACAUACAUGUUAUGUCUGCUCUGAUUGGCCUGGCUCCGACCACGCUUGUGUCACGCUUCGCUACGCAAUCAAAUACCCACGAGAUUGUCUUACAGCAGGUAAAAUCAAAAUCCCCUCAGUUUCACGAGCGCUUGGUCUGGAGGCGUCCCGCACCAGCAAGUUCCUUUGCCAAGUCACCAGUUGGGCGACCCUCGUUUACCCCUGAUAGUCUGUCGCGCAUACUCACCAGUGUCUUCAUGAAGAUGUUCUCCAAUGAAGACCCCGUGCUGAUGCGCAGAGCAGUUUCAACAUCUGUAUCCGGUAUGCGAGACAGCACUCUCAUUCACUAUGUCCGUCGUUCCUUCGUCGAGUUUCUCUCCCAUGUUAGACGUCAUGUCGACGCCGACUGGGAUCGUACCAUCGUGACUACAUUCCACGCAAUUCAGGAUGACCGAUCUCUCCUCUUGGGCUCGAACUUCUAUCAUGACUUCUGCGUUCACAUGCACGAAUCUGGCGUCUACACAGCCGAUUGGCUCACCCCUUCUUUUGUUGCGUCUCAACAAAGAACGUCGACACUUCCUGCUCUGCGCCAGUGGAGAAGUGUACCCGCUGUCGUCUGGAUAGUUUUCACUGUCCCUCGUUUCCGACUUCAGAAAGUCGAGCCUCUCCUUGACCAGGCUGCGACGCCAAUUCUCCAGUGCGACCUCCAAGCUCCCCGUGCUCAUAACAUAUUUCCAUCACCGAUAGUAACCUACGGUGAAGUUAAAGUAACGGGUAAAGGGGAGGACAAGCGUGUCGAAAUCAUUGAGGACAGCAAAGGUCGAGACGGAUCUUCAUCUCUCGUCGUUGCUUUGCAGGUACCAUCGGCGGGCAUAAUGGCAGAGCCUGGGUUCUCGGUAGCUCUGGCCGUGCGGAGCACGCCUCAGUCAAUCCAAACUCUGAUGCAGCGCAUGGGGCCGCGUAUGCAGAUUCACAAGGUUAGCUUGGAAGACAAGAGCGUCCAUAUCCUUGCGCACUCCCCUUUCCAUCCUGAACGAGAGACAACGGCAUUCCAAGAACUGCUGCGAUCGAUGUCCAUUUCUGAAGCACCACGAGUCAACAUUAUGAUGGAUAGCGCUAGCGACAAGAUUGACACGAUGACCGUUCGGGUUGAUGUAGUAGGAGCCAAAGCUAAAGAAUCGCUUUCGAGUGGUGCCUCGGUGGACAUGGAACCUUAUGGCAUUUGUGCAGUGAGAGUCUACUGUGGCGAGCACAGUCAGCUUCACGCUUUCCCUCUACCUGUCGACCAUGACAUUGCGAGACUUCGUGUCGCACGAAAGUCGUCUUACAUCGAGGUCGUUUCUCCGGUCGUCAACGCUGCAUCGUCUCUGACCCGUAGAUUCCCGGUCUAUAUCACGGAUGAGGGAUCCGCUCUCUGGAACGUACAUCGGCUCAACUUGGACAAAUCUCCGCUCCUCAAUCCAGACCGCUUUCCCGCAAACAAGGCCUCGUUUAACUCGCAUGUCUCCCUCAUGAUGUCCGACAAGGAACGUGCCAUCCAUGAUGGCACUCGCAUCUCAGAUAGUGCAGCUCAGCACAUCAUAGUCAAUCUCAAAGAGUCCAUCCAUUCAGUAUUUCUUCACUCAUUUGGGGAACAGGGGACGAAGGUACCGUGUGUCUUUGGACUUUCAGACCCUGAUCCGGACGCUAGCCGUGGGGGAGUCUACACUCUUCUCUUCGUGCCCUCGAUCCGCCUGGACCUUGUUGGAAAUACCUUCGUCGCGGAAUGCUGGGUCCUGCCGCUUACGGUCGAUACCGUCGGUCGGUUGAAUACCGCUCUAGCAAGCAUCGGCCCGGGAAUGGUACAAGUGAAUACGCUAGGAAAAGAAGUAGAAGCUUGGAAGGAGCUCCUGCCCGCCCUCGUCGAGCGCUGCCGUACGUGGACGCACAGAGACACGUGCGAAUAUCGUGCUGAGGGCGCCAGCAUCCCGUUGUCGAUCAAGCACGAGGAGAGUCCUAUAUGCACCUGCGGGCGUGGCGUGGGCGCAGCGGACGUGGAGCUCUUCAGUGGAAAAUGGAAGGCUUUUGUGCCAUAUGUUACGCGUGCGGCGCUGAGCCCGCUGUUCGCGGUGCCGUACAUGGAGAGCGUUGGGAAGUUCCUUUCCGGUCCGAGCGCAACCUCAAGUGUGGGGCGGGCCGCUCCGCCACCGAAUGGCGAAUCUUGUGCGAAGUGCCACGGUCCAGGACAGCCAAGUCUGCUCCAAUGUGGUCGAUGCAAGGCGGUCAAGUACUGCUCAGCUCAAUGUCAAAGGGAGGAUUGGAAAACACAUAAGCAGGUCUGCAAGUCUUGAAAGCUAUCUCAUGUCACCAUCUGGGUU